UUCUCCAUUAGCAUUGCCUACAAAGAAUUCAAAUUUCAAAACUUUGAAUUACUGCUUCCACCUCCACUAAUAAAUUAAUGGCGUCUUCCGAUAUGAAGGGUUUCUUCCGACAGAAGAAGAAAUUGGGCAUUUCAAAGCCAAAAUCAUCAAAGAGAUCUCCGAAGCCAAAGCAUUCAGCCUCCUGCGGCUCCCACCUCGUCCAGCCUCCCGCUCUCGUUUCCCAUGGCUUUUUCGAUCUUCAAGAUGAGUAUGAUGACAAAGAGGAGGUUCUAAGGCAAUUUGACAUGAACAUGGCUUAUGGGCCAUGCUUAGGGAUGAGCAGACUGGACCGCUGGGAGCGGGCAAAUGCCUUGGGCUUGCACCCUCCGAAAGAAGUUGAAAAUCUGCUGCGGGCAGGGAAGGUCAACUCUGAAUGCUUGUGGGAUGGUCGUGUUUAGUCCCCUUGCCCUUUACUGCUUGUUCCUUUUUCCUUAUAGCCUCUUGCUCUAUUUACCUUUAUGUGCUGGGUUGUUAAUGCCAUUAUGUCUUGAGGAUUUAAAAGUUUGGCGAUUUUAAGUAAAAGUUGGCAUGGCAUGGAUGUAUAAUUUUUCUUUCUAGUUUGAUGUAUGUGUAGCCUCUUGCUAUACUCAUGCUCUCUUUUUACUUUGAUGUAACUAGUACUAUGACCUUUACCUCAUGUAAAUGUAUUUGGACUCUAAGUUGCAUUAUUAUGCUAUAUUGCAUUGUAUUGGUUUAUUUCACUUA